CUGCUGCCUUCAGUUUCUCUCCUGUCGGAUAGACAGAGUAGCUGCUUGCCGGUUCUCUGCUCUUCCCUGUUUUUUCCCCUCUUUUUUUCUUUUACUCUGGAUAUGGAGUUCAGAGGUCCACCGACUACCAGCAUCCAGCAGCAGAUGAAGAACCUCCACAGAGCACCUGGAGCUCCAGCUGAGUGUGCUUACCUGCAGCAGCUUUGGGAGUAGUUUCCUCCUGAGUUUCCUCCACACCAAAGUGCUGCCUAUAUUUUGCUGUUUAUCUUCUUCUGUUGAUUUUUUUCCUGUUGUUAUUUCAGCCUGCUGUUCAGCAGUUGCCUCAGGCUCUGAAGUCUCCCUCCUCCCCCUUUCCUCUGUCACUCGCUCAGCUGUCAGUCCGUCCGUCCCUGUCAGGAUAUCCCCUUCCCUCUUUCUAGGGUUUCAUAAUACACUAGGACCUGAGCCAGGUCUGAGCUGUCAUUCAGAGGCUGGGGUGGAUUUCAUUCUUCUGUUUGUCAGAAAACUGAAAGCUGACAAGUAAUAAAUGUUAACCAACACAGAGGAGUUGUGGAGAUAAUGGAAGGCCACAAGCUACACAGAACCUAACUUUGGAUGAGCAGACAGACCCACAUUUGAUCCUUUUUGAGACUCUGGCAGUGACUGUUUUUUGAGUUUUGUGCAUAUGUGUGUUUUUUGGAUCUAUUGGAUUGCCAGUCAUGGGGAAUGCAGCAGGAAGCCUUGAGGUUUCUCAGGGAAAGGAUGGCAAGCCAUCGGGCCCGGGGUCCACGGGGCCCCUGAGACAAACAGCCGGAGCGAAACUCCCGAUGCCACCUGAAGAAGAGCUGGAGGAACGCUUCAACGCUGUGCUGAACACGAUGAAUCUUCCUCCAGACAAGGUCAAGAUCCUCAGCCAGUACGACAGUGAGAAGAAGUGGGACCUGAUCUGUGACCAGGAGCGCUUUCAAGUGAAGAAUCCACCAUCUGCUUACUUGGAGAAGCUGAAAAGCUUUGUGGAUCACGGAGGAGUCAGUCGAAAGUUUAGGAGACGCGUCCAGGAAUCCACACAGGUCUUGAGAGAGCUGGAGAUUUCCCUGAGGACCAAUCACAUCGGAUGGGCUCAGGAGUUCUUAAAUGAGGAGAACCAGGGUUUGGACGUUCUUGUGGAUUAUCUGUCUGUCGCCCACAGCACUGUCACGUAUGAGGUGGAGACUGUGGACAACGGCACGCUGCCCACAGACAAAGGCAAAACUACUGACAAACCAGGGGAAGAUCUGAAAAGAAGUGCCAGCAACUCACCCACACACAGCGCCUUGAAGGGCGGCAAGGCCUUCACAGUCAGAAAAGCCUUGAGGAACUCGCGUGUUGUGAGCCAGAAAGAUGAUGUUCAUCUCUGCAUCAUGUGUCUGCGUGCCAUCAUGAAUUACCAGUCGGGGUUUAACCAAGUGAUGAAGCAUCCCUCCUGCGUGAACGAGAUCACGCUCAGCCUGAACGACAGAAACCCGAGGACUAAAGCUCUGGUGCUGGAGCUGCUGGCGGCCGUGUGUUUGGUGAGAGGAGGUCAUGACAUCAUCCUCGCCGCCUUUGACAACUUCAAAGAGGUUUGUGGGGAGAAAAACCGAUUCGAGAAGCUCAUUGAGUAUUUCCACAAUGAAGAAAGCAACAUCGACUUCAUGGUUGCCUGUAUGCAGUUCAUCAACAUUGUGGUCCACUCAGUGGAAAACAUGAACUUCAGAGUCCACCUCCAGUACGAGUUCACGCAGCAUGGCCUGGAUGAAUACCUGGAGAAAUUAAAGUUCACAGAGAGCGACAGGCUGCUGGUGCAGAUUCAGGCCUACCUGGACAACGUGUUCGAUGUUGGCGCUUUGCUGGAGGACGCUGAGACCAAGAACGCAUUGCUAGAACACAUGGAGGAACUGCAGGAACACAACGCGCAGCUCACCAGCAGACUUCAGGAGACCGAGACUGAGGCGAUGGAGAAAGCCUCCGAGCUUGAGAAGAAGCUCAUUCAGACCACCAAAGAAGUGGAGCUCCUGAAGGAGAGUCUGCGGGAGUCUCGCUCGCAGGUGAUUCUGCUGCAGCAGCGAGAGCAAGAACGUGAGCUCAAGCAGGAGAAAGAACAAGACACCCAGGCCCUGAAGGAGCUCGAGGUCAAAGUUCAGGCUCUGGUGGACCAGGGUCUUGUCCAAAUGGGGCGCUCUUCCUCUGGACACCUAGCUGUUCAGGUGGUGCAGCAGAACAAGAAGCAGAAAGCUGCAGAUCAGGUCGAUACAGGAAACAACCUUCAGGCCGUUCCUACAACAGAAGUUCCUCCACAGUCGGUACAAGCUCCUCCUCCCCCUCCUCCUCCACUUCCAGCUCCGUCCUCAACCACAGCUCCACCUCCACCUCCUCCACCACCAUCAGCUCUCCUGCCUUCUGGAGGCGGUAGGACGGAGGCGUCAGCAGGGACCUCAAACUGUAAAAAGAAGAAGGCCAUUCAAACCAAAUACCGCAUGCCGCUGUUCAACUGGCAGGCCCUCAAAUCCAACCAGGUCGCAGGAACAAUCUUCAGUGAGGUGGACGACGAGCGCAUCUUAGAGGAGCUAAACAUGGCUGCCUUUGAGGAGCAGUUUAAGACCAAAGCCCAGUCGACCCCUGUAGAUCUGGGAACCCUAAAGAAGAAAAUGGCCCACAAGAGUCCCAGUAAAGUGUCUCUAAUGGAGCCCAACAGGGCCAAAAACCUGGCCAUCACCCUGCGUAAAGAAGGAAUGGCUGCUUCUGAUAUCUGCUGUGUCAUUGAGACGUACAACCUGAAAGCUCUGAGCCUGGACUUCCUCGAGCUGUUGGAGCGUUUCAUCCCCACAGAGUAUGAAAUGAAGCUCAUCCACAACUACGAGUGCGAGGGCAGGCCCCUGGACGAGCUCAGCGAGGAGGACCGCUUCAUGGUGCGCUUUAGCAAGAUCCCGCGGCUUUCCCAGCGCAUCAGCACUCUCACCUUCAUGGGCAAUUUCCCUGAGAGCGUCCAGCUGAUACAGCCUCAACUGAAUGCCAUCAUCGCGGCCUCGAUGUCCAUCAAGUCUUCCACUAAGCUGAAGAAAAUUCUCGAGAUCAUCUUGGCAUUUGGAAACUACAUGAACAGCAGCAAGCGAGGAGCAGCAUAUGGCUUCCGUCUGCAAAGCUUAGACUUGCUGUUGGACACCAAAUCUACAGACCGAAAACAGACACUGAUGCACUUCAUCGUCAACAUCAUCCAGGAGAGAUACCCAGAGCUGCAAUCCUUCCCCACAGAGCUGCACUUCCUGGAUAAGGCAGCACUUGUUUCUGUGGACAGUAUCCUGCAGGACCUUCAGGCUCUGGAGAGAGGCAUGGAGGGGACGAAGAGGGAGUUCUCCAUAGAAAAAGACAAUCUAGUGCUGCAGCGUUUUCUCAGCACCAACGUGGAGCUGCUCAACGGUCUCAUAGCCGAUGGAAAGACCGCACAGGAUGCUUAUGACUCAGCUGUGGAGUACUUCGGAGAAAACCCCAAAACAACGCCGCCCUCUAUGUUCUUCCCUAUUUUUGUCAGAUUCAUCAAAGCGUACAAGCAAGCAGAGCUGGACAUCGAGCAGAGAAACAAGCAACACGAGGCUCCUUUAACUCCUCCUAAACCUGAAGUCAUGGGGAACAAGGGUCCCACGAUGCCCAGACCGCCCCAGAUGGACCUGAUAGCAGAGCUGAAGAAGAGGCAGAUGUCUCCUCUGGUGAGGGAGGGGAAAGACGGAGCCAUCGAGGACAUUAUCACAGAUCUGAGAAAUCAGCCGUACAGACGGGGGGACGUCGGCCGACGCAGCGCCAAGUGGAAACCAGGGCAACAGCUGCAGGUAUCCUCAGACAUCUCCCUCUGAAACACAACAACGUGGACUGGGUUCAUCAUCGUGGCUUUACAAGCACAACGUAUUUGACUCACUAUGGUGACAGUCUUAUCACUCUCAAGCAUGUGGACGAAUGCAGGGGUGGAAAUGCAUGCAAGAAGAUCCCUAAAGAGACAAAAACAUAAGCUAAUGCACACACACACACACACACACACACACACACACACACACACACACGCACAUUUCUGCUGCAUUAGGGCGCCUCUCUGGAUAAACUUCAAACUGACUGUAGAAAUGUUCUGUGAUUUGAGUGAUUAAAUGUUAAAGAGGGCGAAUUAUUAGCUGUACUCAGCGCUAAUGACACUGGAUGCCAUCCGAGGUAAUCAAGACAAUUACAUGGAAGAACGAGCCACUUAGCUGAGAGGUAACACGAGCGCUUCAUUACUGCCGCUAAGACAUCAGAGCCUCACCAGAAAAUUCAUCUUCAAAGGCAAAAAGCUGAUAGACUCGUGGAUCAUUUUGAUAUUUUUUUAUUAGUUUCAGUUUAAACAGAAUUUUAAUCGCAGCGUCCCAUCACUCUUUCCGUGUCUGCAGUAGGUCUCAAAAAUUAUGGGAAAGAUUUAUAAUAUAUUUAAUUUAUUUUUAUUACUGUGUAAGUACAAAAACAGCAAGCUUCUACUUUGCUUCUGCAUUUCAACAAAUAAAACAUUUUAUACUGUUCUGGGGUUUUUGUCUGUUUUAUUUGUGUCUAUCCUAAAACUCAAACUUUUGUAUGCUUACAUUUCAUACAUUCAAUACAUUUCAUUACAGUAGAUGUCUUUCUAAAAGUGCUCCAAGUUUAAGGAUAUAUUUCUUCAUCUUCAACGCCAUGAGCUUGUACAGUACAGCACAACUACCUCGACUCUACUCCCUCAGAGGUUGACAAUAAAUGGACACGCAUGCUGGAGUUGCAAGUUGUCCUAAGCUGCUGUACCAGCAGAGGGAGAUAUUUUAUUUCAAGCAAACGUGAAAAUCAUCAUGUUUAAAAAUGUUUAGUCAUUACUAACACUGGGGUAGAAGGAGCCUGAAUUAGAGACUUCAUACCUUCCUUGAUCACUAACGAGUUCUUAACUUUAAAUAUAUAUAAUAUAAAAAUAUAUCAAUGUGUGUCCAUUUCACCCAAUGGAGAGGCAAAGUGUAACAUCCCAUCAAGUUACACACUUUGUUGUGAUUGGGUUGACAAGUGUCAUCUCUUCAAUUGGUUUGACCCUGGAUACUGUGGCUGCUGUGCUGUGCCUGGUAUAACUCACAAAAACACACCUUAAAACACAUGAUUCAUAGGUUGGUGAGGAAAUAGCAUCUUACUAAUUUUGAAGGGCUUCAUUAAGCCUUUAAAGAGCUUCAAAGUGCCUGUUGCUCUACAUUAUAGGACUCUGUAAAGCUGGGUUAUCUUAAUAUUCAUCAGGUUUCUUUUCAGCACAACCAAUGAUUAAAAUAAAAUGGUUAGAGAAAAAGGUUAUUCACAUCUGUCUCAGAUGUUGCUGUAUGUUAUAUAUUAUUAUGUACAGCAACUCCUUAAGUUAACUUCAACAGGUCCUUCCUCUAAACCAUCUGUUUAUUAGACCACAGAGUGCUUAAGGAAAUCCUUCCAUUAGUUAUUGCUUUGAUCUAAAAUACAACCAAACUUUUGCUAUUAAUGGCAAGGUGGCAGUAAUUAAACCAUUACUUAAAAAGCCAUCCCCUCACCCAGCUGUGUUAAGUAAUUAUAGGCCAGUCUCCAACCUUCCUUUUAUUUUAAAAAAUACUGACACUCUUCUUCAACUACUGUACAAGCACUUAGUCCACCCCUACCUAAUAACUCAGUGUACACAUAUACUGGUGACUACUUCCAGCAGGAUAACAUGAGUUAUCACAAAGCUCACUUCAUCUAAAACUGGUUUCAUGACUAUGAGUUCAUUGUGCUUAAAGGCAUUUACAAUCGUCAGAUCUCAAUCUACUACGGCAUUUUUGGAAUGUGCUGGAUGAGCAACCUGCAAAUUUCCAAUAUUUGUUUAUAGCUUGAAGCUGAAUAACUCAAGAAUGUUUCUGGGGAAUUUUUGGAUCAGUGCCAUGAGAAAUAAAGUUAGUUUUGUAGGGAUAAAAACGACAAUAGAAAACUGAAACAUUACAACACAAAUAAAUCACAAAAACACAAUAAACUCAAAAUGCUGGGUCAACUGAUCCAGAACCAUGGCAACUGUACAAUGAACUAAUUCUU